AUGGCUGAGGCGGGAAAAGUGGCCUCGGGCCUCGGCCUUCCAGGAGAAGUCUCCCAGUGGCCUCUGAAGCGCUAUGGCCGCUUCAUGCUCUUGCACACCGGAGAGUCACCUGAGCCUAGCUCCGAAGCUGACGUAGGAUCGUCGCCCACAUGGAAGGUUUUUGAAUCCAGUAAAGAAACUGGGUCUCUCGUUCUCACCAUCGUUGUAUCAGGUCACUUCUUCAUUUCCCAAGGACAGACACUGCUGGAAGGGUUUUCACUCAUUGGCAGCAAGAGCUGGUUGAAGAUUGUAAGAAGAGUGGACUGUCUUCUGUUUGGAACAACGAUAAAGAACAAGAGCCGCAUGUUCCGUGUACAGUUCAGUGGGGAGUCCAAGGAAGAGGCGCUGGAGCACUGCUGCAGCUGUGUGCAGACCCUGGCCCAGUACAUCACUGUUCAGGCACCUGACAGCAUCGUCCAGCAGCUUCAGCAGAGCCCGGGCCCACUGCAGGCAGGCGAAAGCCAAGAAAAGGACCCAUUGCAGCAAGGGAGCCACAGGCAUCCAGAGCAACAGCAGAUGUGUGUGGCAGCGGGUACUGGCACUCUGGAAGGAAGGACUUCAGUGAUGCAUCUAGCUCAGACUAUCCUGGCAUCCGAGAAGCUGCCCCUAGCCUAUGAACAAUCUUCAUGGGGAGCAGAAGAGUUGGGCCCCUUUCUGCGCUUAUGCCUCAUGGAUCAAAACUUCCCAGCGUUUGUGGAAGAGGUGGAGAAAGAACUUAAAAAGAUCACACAGAGUUAAGAAA